UGUACUAGAUGUACACACAAAUGUUUUGCAUUGCAUAAUAUUACAACGUAUUAUUAUGUUUAGCGUAAUGGAUAUGAUUCACUGGUAACGGAUAAUACGUAAUAGGUGAGGUAAAACGCAAAACAUUUUUGACUGUUUCAGUGUUUGAUUACUUUGCAAAGCGCUAGUGUAAUGGUUUACAAAACUGUAAUAGAUGUAUUUCAAAAAACGUAAUAACAUUGACAACAGUGUUUCUCCUAUUCCCCAUAUCAGCCCAUAUGGUUCUUCUUUGUGAAUGAAUUUAUUCCUUGUUUGCGCAACACGUAUGAUAAGGAAAGGACUAGAGACAAAAAAGAAUCCCGUGGACCGUGCGCGUAAAAUACUAUCGGCAUCCCGUAAAACAAUGAAACCAGGAAAAGGUUUCUCCUACACAAAGAAAAAAUUUCAGUUGAUAAAUAUUGUUAUAGCCACCUUGUAAACGUCUGAAUGGGCGUAGUUUUCGUGUAAAAAAGUUACGUUUUUGUGUAAAAACAAUAAGGUUUUUAUUCGCCAGUUUUUUCGCAACAUGUCCGGGCCAAAUAGCUCUGCGAGAUUGCCCAAAUCGUCGCCGAAUUUAGUGAAACAAGGACCGCUCAAAGCGACGAUUCCUAUUUGUUCCGUCAUGAAGCCCAAUAGUAAUUUCAAAUCUAGCGGUAAUAAUGUGUCUCCGACGUAUUUGUGGAAAAACAGAUCUCCAGACCAUAUUUCUGGACAGAGGAGCCCAGGAUCUGCUGGAUAUAAAGGUAAACCAAAUUCAUCAUUAAGGGAUGAUCCAGGUGGACCCAUGAGAAGGACAGCAUCAAUGGAUGCCAUUUAUUUGAAAGGACAUUGGCCAAAAGAUGGUUUUCAUUGGAAUAUGGGCACACUCCAUGUUAACGAAGCUACACAGACAGACGAAUCUUGUUUAUCAGAUUUGCGACAAAUACAUUGUAUAUCAGAGUUAGCUGAUAGAUCAGAGAGGCCCAGUUUGAGAUCGAAAGCCAGGAAUACCAAAGAUGUAGGUGCAAGACAUGGUUCUCCUAGUGGAGAAAAUACCUUAAAUAGUAGUUCACAAACAAUAUCAUGUAAGUCAAUUUAUUCUCCAACUAUGUUGAAACCGCUUACAAAACCGUCGAUGCGGAGCUCCGUUGAAGGCCUUAAUCAGGAAAUCGAGAGGUUGGUGUUAAAGACUGAUAGCGACGCACAUAGCAGUAGGUGUUUUGACAUCGACAGGUAUUCUGAGACGAUACCCGAAGGACAUAGAGCUCCAGUCGCGGAUUUGUUUAAAUUCGCAGGAAGAUCGAGGUCUGUUGAUACGCAAACGCCGCAAAAUUUUGGAAAUAGUUCGAAUUCUUCGGGUGAGAGCCAAGGUUCUAGUCCUGACCAAGAAGGCUCAAAACUCGGUUCCUCACCUCAAAUAAACCGUUUUCUAGCCAGAGAACCACCAGAUGGAUGCGAAAAGGUUCAAUCCAAAUCUCUCAUUGACAAAAAAAUGUUCCCAUUAGAGCACAUGCCGCAACCAAGCACAUUCAAGUUGAAGCCUAGCUUAGGGUCCGCUUUUCAAAUCCUCAAACCUGUCAAAAAUGACACCUCAGAUCAAGACUUACCGAUAGUGCCCUCUGACGAUGACGACGAUUAGACGUUUAUAUUUUGUUUCACUAUUGAUUUUAUUAUGAAAAAAAAGUAUUUGAUGAUGGGUAUUUCCAAAGAUGAAUUACAAAAUUAUAUCAAGUAUACCAUUCAGGUAUCACUUAUGACCAAUACAAGAAUUUCUAUUUCAAAUUGAGCAACUUUAUUUCUGACCACAAUGAUAAUUUUCUAAUAGAAAAAAAAAAAAUUAAUAACGUUUAAUUUGUUUAAAUGUCCGCUAUCAAAUACAGAUAUAAAUACAUUAUUAAAAUGAUGUAUAGAUGAUGUUUAAAAUGUUCCUGGGUUGUUUUACAUGGAUGAAUCAAUUUGUCUAUUUUUGAUCAUGUGUGUCGUAUCUAGAACUCGCUUUUGGGAAUGUUUCUUUUAAAAUUCCAAACUAAGUGAUGUUUCAGAAAAAAUAAAUGUUAUACAUAAUGUUUCAGAAAAAAAAUUAAAGGUGUUAAAUGAGUUACAAAAAUAUCCCCUCUAUUUCAAUCAGAAUAAAAUAAUCAAAUGUUCAUAGAAACAAUGAGAAAGUCCCAGUUAACAGUCAGAAUAUUUGUGUAACCACGGAAACCAAAUAGUAUUAAAUUCAUUUAAUUUCUUCUAAUAUUUUCAUGAGUGUUAUUUUAAAGAUCAAUAUCAAUUAUUGAAUUCAACUUCUCGGGUUCGUUUUAGCUUUUCAGUUGUCGGAAAAGGAUUCCAUUUUUUCCCAGGAUUUUCUGUUUCUUUCCAAUGUUUUUAUUUCAUCUACUAUUUUCUUUUCGUUAGCUGUUCUUAUUAAUUCUGAAAUUGUUCUUGUUAGUUUGUCUGACUUCUUUCUUACCAAGUGUCCAUAUCAAUUUAGUUGCUACUGUUUUAUUUUUAUUUUUUUCAUUGUUGGUUCUUGUUUUGUUAUUUUUCUAAUAUCCUCAUUUUUUGACCGAUACCAUUUGGGUUUUCUUGCGAUUUUUUCAUAUUUCAUUUCCAUUACAUUAAUUUUUAUAUCAUCUUGUGUAUUAAUCAGUUGACUCAAGCAUAGGUUGGUAUUGUCAUUUUUAACUUCGUUUCGAUAUCUUUAUGUUCCAGUCAUAUUUGGUUUUCUGCUUCUAUUUUCUCAUCUUGUCAGUAUACUUAACAAAUAUUCAUAGGUUCAGUAAACACUAGGUAUUCCUUCAAAGGACGUCCUAUUUUGGUCCCGUUUCUGUUACAGGUUAAGACAAAACGUCCAGUUUUCGGUCCGAGUCCAAGACGUUAAUGGGACUUCCUAUAUAUUGUAAUCGUUGCUACUUGAAUCGAUAGCUUCCAAUUAAAAACAAAAUAUUACCUAAACCUCAUAAGAAACAUUUUCGGUACCAAAUAAUUAACUAAUGUGAGUUAGAGUAACAAAAAAGAAAAGAAGGUUAUAAGUGUGAUGAUGGUGUUAACUGGAGUAUAAAGUAAGUGAAAUGAGUGUUGAAGUGAGAAUAAAAUGAUCUGUGUUGGCGGCAGCGUUGGCGAAAAGAAAAGACCUGAAUGGUUGAAUGCGAGUAGGGUAGACUGGGGAGGAUCAGACACUUUUUUUUAAAUUUUGUAAUAUUCGCAAAGUUUUGGUUUUUGGAAAAAUAUUAAUACUUGAAAUCUUUUGCUACAUAUAUUGUUAUUAUAAAUUAAUUUUGUUAGUUGGAUUUAAACAUUUUGCAAUAUUGUUUUUUCCUAAAAAAGGAAACUGUUCCAAAUGACGAAUGUCCCCCUUGGCUGGGGUAGCUCCGACAGCAGGGUAAGGUAGAUGUGACGCUAAUUGGGGUGCAUUAGACAUUAACGUAUUAUUGUUUAAUGAAUAAACAAAUAUUAAACUUUAUUAAAAAAACAUAAACAAGAAUUAAGUAUGUACAUAAGUAACUUAGGAAACAUUAUAUCGGCUUAAAUCUAUAUUAAAAUUGUACAUAGUACUUGAUCGUGAUGUUCCGGGAGGAUGGAUAGGUGCUGGCAUUUUUCUUCUCUUAAAAUAAUGGCAAUGUCUGGAACAGUGGGCUUGCAGAAAGUUGUAGAACUUUUUCUGCGCAAAAAAUUCGCUGUGUAAUUUCCUUGUUCUGGAUUAUCUUCUAUUAUGCAUCCCAUAUAAAACUUAUCGCCAGUUUUACAUGUGAACUUGGUCAGAACAAAAUCGCCACGUUUAAUUGUAUCUUGGUCGCACAAUUUAAAUUGAUCGGUUUGGCUAUAAUCGUCGUCUAUGUCAUCGAAAUCACUUAGUGUAUAAUGGCCCAAUUGAAUCGUCUGUGUCAGCAACGCUGAAUGUUUCUGAUUCAGCUGAAUCUGAAGAAUAAAAUUCAGCUUUUUUAAUUUUCUUAGGCGCUUGCUUUCUUUCAGCUGUAGCUUUUUUCAUGUUUCUGUUCCUUUCCAGUUCCAUUAAACGAUCCUUCUCCGGAGUGUCAGUAUAUAUACGCGAUUUUCCCCCUUUUUAGAUUUGGGGGCGGCGAUUUUUGGAAGAGGACGCAAACGAUCCGGAGUAACAUAUUCCGUAUUUUUAGUGCUGGGAGGUGGAUCGGAAGUUUCCUCUAAAUCGGUGACUACUGUUGGUGGCUCUCUAGUAUGCCCAUGCCACGAAAAUUCUUCUUCUGGAAAAAUUUGAGUGUUCAGUGGAUAAAUACCCGUAGAUCUAAAUGAUUUUUCAAUAUUUUCUGCUGUAAACGCUCGUUGAAAUGGUAGUUUUGAAAGCUGAGCUAUUUCAAAAAUGGUUACUACUUUUCCAGGGUUAUUUGUUAAAUAAUCAUUAAAUGAAGUUUUGCAAUAGGUUUUAAAUGGGCCAAAGACGGAAACGUCCAAGGGUUGUAAACGAUGGGACGUGUGAGGCGGGAACGACAAUAAGAUUAUACCAUUUUCUCUACAGUAAAUAAUAGCGUCAAGACUGCAAAGACUACUAUGGUUAUCGAGUAGGAGUAAAAUUGGUUUUUCUUUAGAACAUUUACUGUGAUGCACGAUAUGCUUCAGUACACCAGUAAAUAAAUCACUGAUCACUACUAAAUAUUUCUCGAUAUUCCGUUUUCUUGGAUAUAUAUAUAAAGGUGGAAUAUAAUUUCCUGAUGCAUUGAUUAUCCCAAUGACAGUAACAAGAGACCCUCGCUCGGCUGACACAACUUGAGAAACAGUUCUCUUUCCUUUUUCACUUAUUACUUUAGGUGCUUGCAAGACAGUUGUUAGUCCAGUCUCGUCAAGAUUGUAAAUAUCUUUUGCUUCGAAAUUAUGUUUCUUUAAUAGAUUGGUCAAAUUUUCAACAACUACUAUGCUACUACUACUUUAUUAAAAUCGGAAGCACGAGCAAUGCUUGUAUUUUCUGGUUUGCGAAGGCUUAAAUUACUAUUCAUCUUCAUAAAGCCAUAUAUCCAGUCAACACCUGCAAUUUGAUCUGAUUUCCAUCGAGUGGGGCAUUUAAUAUUAUUAAUUUCCGCAUAUUGAAAUGCAAAUUUUCUAGCUGACAAAUAUGUCAAUCCAUACUUUAAUAUCGAACAUUUUUUUAAAAUAUUCAGCAAGCUCAGUGUCUUGGUUUUGCGUGAAAAUUUUGUUUGACGUGUAUUUUGAACUGUAAUAAUUCGAUUCAUCAUCGGUGCUUUGCCCAGAAUCAGUGCCAUGUGUACUUUGUUCUUUCUUUAUUCUUGUUAUAAUGGUAGUCCUCUUUAACUUAUAUUUUAAAGCUGCUGAAGUUGGCGUUUCUAGUUUUCGGAUGACAUCUUGAACUGCUGAUUUCAUUGCCUCUUCUGAAAUUUCAGUUCGUUUGUCUUUUUUAUGUAUUUUCGUGGCAUUUUUCUGUAAUAAAGAUAAACAUUUCAAAUGAAAAACUUUGAAACUAGUAGGUACUAUUGUGCUAACAUUUGAAAACAGUAAUUUAAACAGACUUUUACCAUAUGGGGUGGAUUCGACAGUGUCGAAUCCUACCCAAAAUAGAUUGUCGAAUGGUCCCCAUAACCACUUGUUUCUUUUAAAAAUUUAUUAAACCUACAUAAUUUAAUUAUUAGUAAAAAAUAAUGUUACUUACCAGCUUAAACAUCAAUUUAUUUAUUACAGUUAAUUUAUUUAUUGUUUAUAAUAAAGGAUGGCACGCAAAUUUUUGGAAUUUUAAGCACUGUAAUUUAUAAAACACGUGGCGAAAAACAGCAAACGCGUUUAACGUCUACUAUAUUUACAGAACAACUAAAAUAUUUUGUGGGAUUAUUCUAUGGACUACCUCGAGUAUUCACGAAUUUUACCAAAAUUUAACUUUUCAUUUUGCGGCAAAAUUGACACUGUCGAAUGCACCCCAGUGUCAGAUCCUACCCAGUCUACCCUACUGCUGUUGGAACAAAUAUAAUUUUGAUAAAAUUAUAAAACCUAAUUUUGACAAAAUGAUAAAACGCGGUUAUUUAUUUAUUUCUUUUAAAAAAUGUAUACAAAAGAUGAAUGAAAAAAAAAAAACGGUUCAUUGUAGUUGAUUUCGAGCUUACACUAUGUGAGCUCUCCAGACCAAGAGAGACAUUUUAUUUACAUAGAAAAUAUAACAAAAUUUAAAAAAAUUAAGAUUAAAUAUAAGAAAGAAGAAUUACAAGAUAUAUACCGGAAGAACUUAGUUCAUUUAUUGUCUUUAAAGAAACCUGCAAAUAUUAAUUUCUUUAGUUGUGUUAUGAAGGAUGUUAUUAUACAUAUUAUAAAGAUACCAUUACUGUCCCAUUGAUGUUGCUCAUAAGUCGUUCCUGUUACGGCGAUAAUGGUUAUGGAUUUUCUUGUUAGUAAUAAGGUGUAAAUUUGAGUUUUGUUUCAUUCUGUAGGCAUCUGUGUAUAUGUGCGCAUACUUGAUGUACAUAGAUUGAAUCAAUAUCCAUUAUCUUGUUAGGCAGGUAAAGAUCUGAUUUUGGAUAUAACUGUGGCAAAUUGAAGAUUUUCUUUAUUGCCUUGUUUUGCAGCACACAAAGUGGUUGAAUUUUUACAUUGUAUGUGCAUUACCAAAUAAUUGUCAAGUAUGUUAGAUGACAAUUAACAAGACAGUUGUAGAUCAUUUUCUUGUAGUUUAAAGAUAUGUAUGAUAUUCUUCCAAGAAUGCCAAUAUAGGUAAUGUGUUGUUCCCAAGAUAGUGUUUCAUCUAUUAAUAGACCAAGAUAUUUUAUGCAGUUUUAUUUAAAAAUUCAUUACCAAUUCAUUAAAUUAUUUGAUGCCAUUCACUAUCAUUAGAAUAGAAAUUACCAUAAAGUUUGAUUUAUUUAUAAGGAGCAGGUCAUGUUAAACAUCAUUUUUUAUCUGAGCCUUAUUUUUGUUAAAAUGUGUUAUAUCAGUAUAAUCCGCAAACAACCGAAGGUCACCUAUGAGUGGUAGUUUAGAAAUGGAGUUGAUAUGAAUUAGGAACAGUAGGUCCGAGUAUUGACCCUUGUGGUACUCCACAUACAAUAUUUGACACAUACACCACACCAUUUGCAUGAACAUAUUGGAUGCGACCCUCAAAGUAGUCCUUAAACCAAUCAAGUGAUUUGCCUGGAUCUCCAAUAUUUUCCAGGAUUCUAAGUACUGUAACAUACUGUGAUUCACAGUAUCGAAGGCCUUUUUUAGAUCAAAUGAUAUAAAUGUACAUCCAAAACCCCUAUCUCUUUUAUCCAGAAUACUAGUAAUUAAGUCAACAACAGCAUUAGCUCUACUAGGUCUUGCUAGGAACCCAUACUGACCAGAAAACCAGAAAUCAUUUAGGACUAGAAAUUUGCACAGUCUUUUAUUCACACAAGUUUCCAUUAUCUUGGAUAUUACAACCAAUAAAGAUAUGGGUCUAUAAUUACUGGACAUGGAGCAAUUACCACCUUCAAAUAUAGGAAUAAUUUUUGAUACUUUAAGGGCAUUUGGUUCGAAGCCAGAUGUAAACGUUAAAUUAAUGAGAUAUAUCAUUAUUGAAUUCCUUUAAUUUUUCAGCUGCUAGAUUAUCUUCUCCAGGACUUUUAUCUUUCUUGAGAGAUAAAAUUAUAUUACUAAUUUCUUGAGCUGUAGUUGGUUGUAAGUGAAAGUUACUUACAUGACUAGAACGGAGCAUUCUUAACUGGUUCGCAUAACUGGACAAGUUUCGGUUCUAUACUGGUAAAGUAGCUAUUUAUUUCUCCCACUAUUAACUUUGGGUCAUUAACUGUUAGUGAGGAAAUUGCAGAGUAUUUUUUCUGUUUAUAGUAACUAAUAAUAGUAUUUAGAGUUUUCCACAUUUUUUAGGUAUCGCUUUCAGCACUAGUUAGUUGAUCUUGAUAUUACUCGCGUUUCCUUUCUCCAAUAGCCAAUUUAAGAGAAAUUUGAGCAGUUGUAUACAACCUCUUUAAAUAAUCACUGCCAGGGAAUUGUUUAUGCCUUUUGAAAUGAUAAUCUCAAGUGACCAUUGUUUCUAAAUCGGUUUCGUAUAGUUAGUUUGUUGAACACAGCAAAAAGGACGUUGGGGUCAUGCCAGGCCGUUGAUCUGAUAUGUUGGAGUAACUGUCCAAAUUUAGCCCUAUCGAAUAUAUUGAAUAAUAUCUGUGGUCGCUGAUAUCUCAGUCAUCGAUAGCUAGAUCAGUUGUGUCAUUAUUAGCUUCGUUCGCGGAACCGAUCCCGAAUGUAUUCUGAACGCUAAGGUAGACCAUACACGCAUGCAUAAACAUUUAAACAAUACAAAUCCAGUUAUAAUAUGCAGUAUAAUAAGCUGUUAUUACUAAUUGUGUAAUCUAUCAGUGGUUUUGGGGAUGCAGUAACCCUUGUCGGUAUUUCCUCAUUAAUGUUCAUAAAUCCAUUAGAAAAAAUUGUAAAUUCAAGGUUUCGUUUUUGCACACUAUUAACCAAAUAGUCUAUAUUAAAAUUACCGAAGAUCCAACAUUUCUUCCCAUCUUCAUUUAAGAAUUUCAGAUUCUCAUCUAAUUUCAUAAUAAAUGUAAUAAUGUCAUGGUCUGCAGGGCGAUAAAUACCACCAAUUACAUAAUUAAUUUUUUCUAAGUGGACGAAGAGCAUUGAACAUUUUCCUUCAACACUGGAAAUUAUUUUAUAUUGAUAACAGGUUUUUAUUAGAAUUGCAUGCCGACUUAAGUAGGAUCCAAGGUUUCAUCUUGCCAGCACUGGCAAUACUGUGUGUUAAAUUUAAUGCAUUCCUGUUGUUUUUUGUAAACUGAAAAAGUUUUACUCUCGGACGUCUGAUUUAUGUCUCUAGGAAGUUUCGUGAAGGUCCGGGUGAGGUCCCAUAGGGAUGUCCCUAUGACGUUGUUUGGGAAUGUCCUGAAGAUUGACAGAAACGGGACAUUAGAAUGUCUAUUGGACGUCAGAUUUACGUCCCGGUACCGCAAGACGACGUCUCUCGGACGUCCUUCAUAUUCAUAAAGGACGCCUUUUAGACGUCUUUAAAACACCAUUUUUUUAAAAAAGUCAAUCCAUUACUACUUUAUUUUAAGUUGAAUACCUAAUUGGGAUUAUUUGAUAUUAAAAUGCUUAGUUCUUUACUUGAAAAAUUAAUUAUCAGUAAUUACCUUUUAACUCGGGAUAUUUUUUUCUGAAACAUUCUGUAUAUUUCUUCGAAUAUUGAACAAAUUAUAGUUGUGACAGAUUGUACCUUCAAAUGUGGGCUGUUCCGAUUCAAUAGAAUUCUAAUGUUUGAAGGUAAUUCAUUUUCGAUUAUAAAAGUGAAUAAAAUAUCUGGCAACAAAAAUUCGUUACAAUGUAACUGGACGGUUCUGCCAGGUUUUACUCAUAACUAUAAUUUCUCGUGAACCAAUUUUUUUUUUUUUUUUCAAUUAACAGGAAUCAAAAUGUUUGGUAGGGGCCGAUAUAUAUUUUUACAAAGUCUAGAUACGCUUCAGCAAUGCUGUUCUGGAUUUGGAGGUAAAUUUAUGUUGGACCCGGCGAAGAAUAAAAAUGUCUAUUGGUCUUUACGGUAAAAGACACGAGUUUAAGCAAUCUUUAUUUUAUUGAUUUUUGAAUUUUCUGCAUCCAUGAUUUUUGAAAAAAGUGUUUGUUAGGACAGCCUCUAUAAAAAUCACACUGUGAUACCAGAAUCCACCCUUUGUAUUUAAGUGUUUACUACGUAAGACGAAAAAUAAAAAAAGUUCUAAAUAAUGUCCAUGUUCUCACACUCAAAUUCUUCAUUUUCGGCAACAUUGUUUUUAUGUAGAACCUUUCUAUUUAGUUUUUUGGUAUAGUUUUAUUUUUGGAAGGCCCUAACAUUACAUUAAAACCAAAAAAACUAUAUAAAGUGCACAUCUAAAGUCCCUUACAUAAUGUAAAUGAAUGAAAUUUGGUAUAUUACAUAGAAAACUUUCUACUGGUAACAGUUGACAUAACAAUCAAAGUAGAUGCCACGGUGCCAUUUUAACUACUAAUUUUAAAUGGCAUAUGCCGAGAGGCACUUCGUUUGAAAGGUAUUUUUAAAAAUCCGUUUAUCCAUGUUAAUUUUGUUUUAAUAUUAGUUUUGAAUACAAUAUACCGUUUAAAAUUAGUGAUCAAAAUGGUACUUAGACAUCAUCUUUGACGGUUACUCCAAUUACCAGUAGAGAAGUUCUUUAAGAAUACAAAAUUUCAUUAAUUUACGUGUAACUAUUCAAAAUAUUACAUGAGGUGAAGAGUCUUUGGAUGCGCUCUGUACUUUUAUCAUAAACGUCUUGUUAAAGCAAAUGUGAGAGAGUGGCUAAAACGAAAAGGCUAAUUUAGGAUGUUAAAGCCUCGAAAAAAUUGGUAAAACAACCUAGUUAUUCGAAUUAAAAAGUUAGUAAUAAAAUAUAAAAAUCGAUAAUCGAUUACAGCUCAGUAAAACGGUGACUCAGAAAUUUCUGAAAAUAGUUCAAUAUUAAAAAGAUGAGUUUUUGAUUCAACCCUUCAUUAAUACCUUAAUUGUUAAAUAUAAAUAAAACAAAUUUAAUACCAAUUUUACCAUUUUCGAGAUAUUUGACGGUUUCAUUGUUUUGGCGCACGCUGUAUGAGAAUGAAAUGUAUGUUACGAUUUUUAAAAAUAAACAAAAAACUAUUUAUGUAGUUAACGACAUUCCAUAUAAAUUUUUUCAAUUGAAUUUUAGGAGAUUGUUUAUAAGAAAAAUUAAAAGCAGCGAUUUUUCUACGGCAUUUGGAACUCUAAUUCAUAAAAUAUUUGAAAUUGUAACACAAACGUUAUAAUAUGUAUAAUAACUGAUAAUAAUUCAAUAUUUGGUAGGUCGAAAACAUGGAUUUGUGCAUUCGGUUCGUCACAAGUAGCUUAUCAAAAAUGUGAGCUGUGCUACUCUCUAAAAUGUUUAGAAAAAUAUAGACAGAAAUAGAUUUUUUGUAAUUACUCAUUUCCUAUCGAUCUUACGGUAAAAAUUAAAGUUUACACAAUUGAAGGCAAUUCAGUUCUCUACCAAAAAAAGUAUUUUAAGAAACUCUAUUGAUUGAAAAAAUCGAAUUAUUGCUGGAAACUCCAGUAGGUACCUAAUUUGCAUAUUUAGGGAGUAACACAUCUGUGAAACAAUCACAUUUUUGUUAUUUUUGACCACGAAACGAAAUUGUUAAAACAAAAAAAUCACAGUGUUUUUACCGAAAAAUUACUACAAAUUAAAAAGCGACAAUUAGCGAUAAACCUUAUGAAUAACAAAUUAAAAUGACGACAUUAUGUAUUAUACAGUUGAUAAAUGUCCCAAAAUUUUACUACUAGUUCUAAGGAAAAGUGAUGCAAAUAUUCUGUAAAAUUCAGUGCCGAUUGCCGAGGUAUUGCUGCCAAAAUUAAAAUAGUUGUUAGUUCAGGAAUGAACUGUAAAUGGAGCUGUGAUUUUUUAGUAUGAAGAUAAUGAAAGAUUUUUCUAAUUUUUCAUGAAUAUUUUUUAAUUAAGAAGUAAGUACCUACCUAAAAUUAUGUGUAACUCAGAUGUUUACAGUUAUUUUGUGGAUAUAUCUUUUA